AUGCGGAGCGCCGCGGACGCCGGGAGCUCGACUAGCAUGGUUGCCCGUCGCAAGUCGCGACGUGCGUCGCUUUCCAAGGGACGAAAAAGUAUCAUCAAUCUCGGUUCCGUGGUCGAGUUUUCGCGGUUCUCGUUUGACCAGUUGGAGAUUCGGGAUACGGACGACGCCUCGGUGUUCGGACAGAACAACUCGACGAACACCCUGGUCGGCAAGGUGCCAGCGCACCUCAACUUUUACUUCCGGGCAUCCGAUUUGCUGGUGGAGCGGCUGCACCGUUUUUCCACCGUCUUGUUCGUCUGGAACUGCUUUUUUACGACGUUUUUUCUCAUGUACUGCCCGCUACUGUACGACUCCUACGAAGCAGCAGCGCAAAACAGGCAACUGCAAGAGGAUUAUGUGUUGCCAAAACCAACGGCAGCAUCGUGGCACGAGAAGGACGGGAUACCGACGAGCUUGGCGGAUCUUCAAGACCGGCGAGAAGUAGGAGCACGAUCCCCGCCGGAACGUGUACAACUCCUUCCAGAGGAUCCAAACUUUCAUGGACCAGAUAUUGAAGAAAGCAAAGCGGCUGCAGCUGCCUUCGCCACCAGAACGGAAGGGAGCAGGCAUACCGUCGACCACUCGGUAUCAUCACGUACCGUACUCACCUCUCCGCUGGCCGCAGAAGAGCAUUUCCGCGAGCACAGUUCUUCCUCCAGAGCUGAACUUGAUGUUACGGCGCCAGCACGCGGCCUUGAGGUGACCAACCACGACGCAGCCCGGCGAGAGUCACCUCCGUUGCUCCGCUGGCUUCUAAACGGUGGACCGCACCCGGUAAGUGAGGACAAAGCUGCGGAGGUUCGGAUGAUGGAGGCGUUGCUCUUCGUGGACUUGUUUGUGUUCGAACUUCUGUUCGUUUUCAUCCACUUGAUCUUGCCGUUUCGCACCUCCGUCAUCCUGUACCAGCAGGGGAAGGAAUACGUGGAGCUCGCGGACAUCCACCGCCUGGUGUGGGGGCAGCGCGAGUUGCGCAUGAAUGCUGCCUCCGUCCUGGGUGCCUUCAUGUGGAUAGGCUUACUCGGUCCAGCAGCGAGCUGGACCCGGUUCUUGGGAUUGUUUCGCUUUCUCCGGUACGAAAGCGUGCAACGGUACCGCCACGACAAGCAGUGUACGCCCGACGGACGCGUUUUGUCCCCUUGGAAAAACGGGCUGCUCAGCGCUCUCACGCUCGCGCUCGUGAACAUUUUCGCCGUGCAUAUUUUUGCCGUGAUCUGGUUCCUGGCACUGCACGAGCAGGACGGGCGUUUUGCGUACGAAUUAGACACCGAGGAAACGCACGUGCUAAAGUAUUACCUGCUGGCGCUCCGCGACGCCGUCCUGCUCUUCUCCGCGUCGCCACCCGCGGUCAUGACGGCACGACAGGACACACACUUGGUGCUCACCCAGGUGAUGCUCAAGCCGGUCGGAGCCCUGUGUCAGGCAGUCAUCUUCGCUGAAAUUGUCCUGAUCAAACAGCGGAUGAACAUUCUGAAAAGCAAAAUUUUGGAACAGGUAUUAAGAAGAGGAGUAGUUUUGAAAAGGGAACAUGUUCUUGGACAGCACAAAAACUUAAAGUACAUAGUAUCUUUCUGUCCUUUACGAUUUCGUAUAAGUAACAUCUAUCGUGUCGUAGCAACCCGGAGUCAAGGAAAGAACUUGAAUAUACACACUACACAGCAAACGACAAUUAACGCGGCUAUGAGCGUGUUGCGGCUUCCGGAGAACCUGCGGCGGCGCAUCACGAUGUAUAACCUGCUCAGGUGUUACAAUCUCAAACGUUGCAAUAGAGUCUGAGAUUUGUCUUGCAUGACCAACAUGACAGACUCGGACAGCGUUCCACUUUUUGCAAUACAAAUUUCGCCAGAUUGUAGUGCGGAUUGGGACUCCAGAACUUGUCAUGCGCAAUCCUGUGGGAGUAGGGUAGAUCAUGCACUUCUUGCAACACAAAUUCCAGAUUCUAUCGUAACCUUUGAGAUUGUAACACCUGAGCGGGUUAUACGAUGUACCACCAGUUCUUAGAAAUCCAGCACGACGAGCAGGCCUGCAAGUUGCUGUACCACACCUCCAGUCGUGCCUUGGUGCUCGAAGUGAAAAUUUGCCUCUUCGCGCAGCUCAUCGAAAAGGCGCCAUUGUUCUACGACCUGAAGCCGCACGGGGUGGGCGAGAUUAUCGACAGUUUUCAGGAGGAAGUCUUUUCCCCCGGCGAUUUUAUCAUUCGCGAAGGCCAGAAGGGACGGGAGAUGUAUUUCAUUCUGAAGGGAUUAUGCGACGUUUUGAUCAACACAGGUGCGGCCGCCGCACCAGCGGCCAGCACGCCGUCCAAGGGGGUGAGUGAUGAUCCGCAACAUCUUCAAGAGGACAAGGGCAAAGAAACGGAACAAAAGUCAUCGUCGAAGGCAACUAGUACCGACACCAGCGGGAAGAGCCCGAACAAGCAUAACCUCGCGAGUGUGGUUCCGGUGUCCGGACCCCAGCGACUGGUCGAUAGUACGACGGCCACACUGCUGAAGCACUCGUUCAAGGGGGCGCCCUGGUCCACGAAUAAGAAACCAGACGCCCCCGCACAGGGUGCGGGAAAGGUGGAUCCGGCCGCAUCCACGGGCACCGAUCAAACGGCUAAUACCGACGGGGAUGUUGACAACGCCCGCGAUGAUACGAGCAGUUCCGCCCGGAGUAACGACGGCGCGCUUUCCACGUUGGCGCAGAAGAAAACUCGGAAGCUGACCGUGGUGGCGCAGAAGCAGGAAGGGGACUACUUUGGGGAAAUCGCCUUGGUACAAAAGGGCGCGAAGCGGACGGCCUAUAUACGUGCGCAAACCUACUGCGUCGUGGAGAAACUCACGGACGAGGUGUUCGACGACCUGAUCAAGAACAAACACCCGGUGGCGUACGAGAAAAUCGUCGCCCGCAUCGCCAAGUUUCACAACAUCCCGCAUUUGAUCACCGAGUCGCGUUCCGGGUCGAAGCAGAAGGAAUCGCGCGCCCCAUCGAAGACCAAUGUUUCCACCUGCGAGUGAGGGAUAGGAAACCGCACACAAGAUUUUAUUCUCUGAGUAAAUGACUGCAAGAACUUUUGUAAGAUCAAGUACUAUAACUAUUUCACUUUGUUCACCUAUAAGUCGUGAGUAUUCAAGUUCUAGUCAGUGUCGCAAUGAAUGAAGUAAGUGUCGCAAUGAAUGAUUUGUCACAAUAUCAAACUAACGAAAAUUCUAGCAAGUGUUGCACCUGUAAUCUAGUUCUGUACAAUCGUGAAUUACUUUUCCUAGGGCUUUUCAUACUUGCAAAAAGAAAUGAAACAAAUAGCACGUCGCACCGGAGAGUGAAUGUCCUUUCGUUCGUUUUGAUAGAAAAUGCAGGCAUGGCAUGGCCUGCUGGCCUCUGAUAGAUUUUGGUUUUUGGUAUGGAACCUUUUUACGUGAUGGGCUCCUGAUAGACCAUCUAUGCUUCGUACAUCGCAGCAUGCUGCCAGCACCACAGCGAAU